ACUUGCUCACUCAGUCUCACGUCUAUACCCUUCUUAUUUUAUGCGUCCUGCUUCGGAUUUUGUUCGACAUUUCAAAGCAUGUUGCAGCCACACAGCGGCCAGUGUGUCCAUCUCCGUCUAUAACGCGCGCAGCAUCCUGUCUUUUGUUGCAUCUGGGCAGACUCUGGAUCAGUUUAAGAAAACAAAGAUUUUGUUUUGUUUUUGAACGGCGGCAAUGAUGUCGAGAAAUCAUCAACACGUGUCGUUGCUUCUCGUCAUAUUGGGAUUAUACUUGGUUUCUUCACCAUCCACGCGAGCCGAGCCGGGGCUGCAGUACGAGGAGGAGGAGGAGGAGGAGGAGAGUUCCUGCCAGGGCGCUUUCGACCUCUACUUUGUCCUGGAUAAGUCUGGCAGUGUGAAGAAUCACUGGGAGGAAAUUUACUAUUUUGUGGAGAACUUAGCGGAGAAAUUUAAAAGUCCCAUGUUGAGGAUGUCCUUCAUAACCUUUUCAUCCAGAGCCUCCACCAUUCUGAAACUGACUGACAACAGGAUAGACAUCAGAAAGGGGCUCAACUCACUGAAAAAAGAGAUUCCAGGUGGAGAUACCUUCAUGCAUCUAGGAUUGCAUCGCGCAAACGAGCAGAUAUAUCAGGAGAACUUUGGCACGGCCAGUGUGAUCAUUGCCUUGACUGAUGGAGAACUGCUGGAAGACCAACUCAUCAAAGCCCAACAAGAGGCAGUGAGAGCCAGAUCACUUGGUGCCAUUGUUUACUGCGUGGGAGUCAAAGAUUUCAAUGAAACACAGCUGGCGACUAUUGCAGACACCAUUGAGCACGUGUUUCCUGUCUUGGGCGGCUUCCAUGCCCUGCGGGGAGUCAUUGACAAGAUCAUCAAGAAAUCCUGUAUUGAGAUUUUGGCUGCUGAGCCCUCAAGUGUGUGUGCAGGAGAGUCCUUCCAAGUGGUGGUGCGAGGUAACGGCUUUCUGCACGCCAGAAACAUCAACCAGGUGCUCUGCAGCUUCAAAAUCAACGACACCCUCACCAUCAAUGAGAAGCCAGCCGGCGUGGAAGACACCUUCUUGCUGUGUCCAGCCCCAGUCAUUGAUGAAGUCGGCAAGGUGAUUUACCUUCAGGUGAGCAUGAAUGAUGGUCUGUCCUUCAUCAGCAGCAACGUGCACAUCACCACCACUGAGUGUUUUGAUGGUACCAUCUUGCUCAUCACUCUGCUGGUGUUGUUCCUGCUUCUGGCUUUGCUUUUGAUGUGGUGGUUUUGGCCCCUCUGCUGCACUGUGGUUAUCAAAGAGCCUCCUCCUCCACCUCCUCCUGAGCCUGAGUCAGAUGAUGAAGAUGGUCUCCCCAAAAAAAAGUGGCCCACUGUGGAUGCUUCAUAUUAUGGUGGAAGAGGAAUUGGAGGCAUCAAAAGGAUGGAGGUGCGCUGGGGAGGGAAGGGCUCCACUGAGGAGGGGGCCAAGUUGGAGAAACCCAAAAAUGCUGUGGUGAAAAUGCCUGAGCAGGAGUACGAACCCUUCGAACCGAAACCUAAGAAGCCUCACAACAAGAAGCAGCCUCAGAACAGGAAGUGGUACACACCCAUCCGGGGUAAGCUGGAUGCUAUCUGGGCUCUGUUUCGCCGUGGUUACGAUCAGGUCUCCCUGAUGAGACCCCAGCCGGGCGAUCAUGGCCGCUGUAUCAACUUCACAAGAGUGAAAGAGGAGUCAGCCACAGCCAGAGCCCCGGCUCGCUCUCCCAUCCACAUCCCCUCACCUCCACCACCAGAUUACCACCCGGUGGCCCGCUCCACUCCAUCUCCCCCUAUGGCCAGUCCUCCUGCAAGAGCUCCCCCUAUGGGCCAAUUACCACCAGGACCACCACCAUCCCGCACGCCACCUGGACUUCCCUGUCCACCACCCACCCGCCCGCCUCCGACCCUGCAUCCAUGAAUUUAAGAGACUAAAUUUCUCCCCAAACGUCACUGCUUCGGUUUCACAGACGUGCCACUUUGUUGUUUUUCAGUUCGAAAACCGGAGUUUCUGUUGAAAGGUGACCAAAGAUAGUGCUUUGAUGUCGCGCUUGUGUUACACCAACUGUCAAGUUAAAGUGCUAGUUGCAACCAUGAAGCUUUGCGUUACACAAAAUUUCACAUCAACACCACCAUUAUGUCUGGAAAUGAAAAAUGAAAUGAAAGAAGGAACACAUCAUGAAAACUAUCACUAGUAAUAUCUAACAUCUGCAUCAGCAUCAAAACAGAGCUGUUAUUGUUAUUGCUAAUUCAAUACCAGAAUAUUAAACACACAAAUAUCUGUUGUGGAUCACAGUGUUAACUUUCAGGACCCAUUUUAUUUUUUUAUUUUCAAAACCUAUAUCCUCAUCUUUAUUAUUCUGAAACAUCUGAGAACAUCUGAAGUAUGAAGAAGAGAUGGCACAGCAAAUUGUAGCAAGUAGCAGUACGUUCCAGAAGUACAGGAUGUGUCAAUACAUGUGUCAAAGAUUUUAAUUUUACAAAUCAAAAAGGCAAUAUCGACUUUAAUUUUGCUUUUCACUCAUUUUUCAAAAUCACUGAUAACUGUGGCCAUUCAUUUCACCGAUCACUAACAAGAUCUCCAUCGGAUCCGUCGUCUUCACUUAUUUUCUGCAAAUGAUGAGGGACGCAUUAGUUUUCCAUGACUUCAAAGAACUUUGUGAUGAGCACGCAAUGUUCCCAUUAUUUUGUACCACAACCCGCAGUCAAACUUGAAGUUGUGUCUCCUGAAGAGCGAUUGUCUCGAUGCAGUUAUUGGCGUUAUUGUUGCUGGACAGCAAAGCAUGUAAUGACCAAAGAAUCCACUGCAGCUGACGAAAAGUUGUUGUUGUUGACUCUCAACUACUGAGCAAAACCAUUGAGAAUUCAGGUGAUCUUUUUUUGUUUUGUUUUGUUUUGCAUGGACUAAUCCUUGUACCGUUGUCUUCAUAUAAGCCAGUCAAGUGGUCGGAAGGGCCUGCAAGUGUACAGAUUUGCUACAGUUCUGAUGAUUCUUUAUUGGUUAGUAACCUUGAGGCUUCGGAUUAUAUUCCUCACUGAUGUUUCAGUACAAAACAAAGUAGUUCAAAUAUACAUAAACUGCUGGCUGCCACAGUUCCUGCUUCAUAAUCCAAAAUCAAGGGGCUAAGAUAUGAGGUUAAUGUCACUCUUCUUGUUUUAUACACAUUAUUUGUACUUUGUACUGUUUUAUAUCAUCAGUUUUAUAGCUACCGGUCUCAUUGCAACUGCAGGGCAGUUCCAACAGCGUCUAAUUUAUUUUACUACCCAGGAGAAACAGUAGAGUACUUGAAUAUCGACAAGGUGUCUAACUGCUAAGACAGACAAGUGCAGACGAACCCCAUUAUAGAUAAAUACCUGGUGCCACCAGUUGACCAGAAGCUAAAUUUAACCCAUGUUUCAUGGUGUUCUGGCUGGAAAUGAGGAAGAACAAAUCUGCUGGUUCAGCUCGCAGUGUAUCAGCCUUUUUAUGCUUUGUUUUGGUUUCACUUAAUUUUACUAUACAUUAUGCUACAUUGUUUCACAUCAUGUCAAGUCAGUGCCUUAAUCUGAAACACAUUAGAUUAAACAGAAUGAUGAAUGAGUGAAUCACGCAGUAAGGAAGUGUCUUUUGCAAGUGCACAUAAUAUAGUGGCGUCACAUGGAUUUUGAGUUCAACAUCUUGACCAGGUCAUAAUGUCAAUAGACUUGUUUUCAAAAGUAAAAAACACUUUUAUACUCUCUAUUACUAGAUAGAAUUAUGUAAUCCAGAAACCAUCUCAUGUCCAGAUGAAAUCUCCUUACAUUCAACAGCAACCGAAUUCAAGCCGACAGGAGAGAUUAGACUUCAAGUUUUCAAAGUUUUACAGUAAAAUGACAAAUUAUGUUGUGCAUAAACAAAAGUACUGCAGCGUUGAUGAAAAAUGACUUCACAAUU